AUGUCAAGACCAGCGCAGAAACGACGUUCAUCCUCUGUAUCAUAUACCGACCAACCCAAGAAGAGAAGGAAGUCAUCACCAUCACCUCAGAAGGGUGUCUCCCAUAUGUCACAAAGUCAACCUUCUUCGAGGUCUGCUCCUCAGAAAUCUCAUGGGUUCUUAGGUUCUUUGUAUAACACAGUGGCUUCUUUCUUUCCAAGUAAUGCCUCUCAAUCAGCUCAGGAGAUAUUGAAACCAGAUCCAAAUGGUUCUUUGGCGAUGUUGAUGUCACAUAACAAACCUUCCUCGUCUCAAUCCUCAUCAUCAUCGAUAAAUCAGAUACCCAUCGAGGAUGGAGAUGGAGAAGAAGCAGGAUCAUCAGCCCAUCCUAUAGAUUUCAGUCAAUUAGACGAUGAUGAGGAAAUUCCAUCUCGUUCAAAGGGCAAAAGAAGAUCUGUCAGUCCUAAGAAGAACGACGCAUACGAGAUAGCUGGACCAAGCCGUCAGAAACAGAAUAAAAACCAACUGUUACCUAUGAAGUAUAAUUCUUCGCCUAACCUCUUUAUGGACAAUUUCGGCAGUUGUCCACAAAAAGAUCCUGCUCAAUCACAAAGCAUUGGUGGUUACCUACCUACUCCUCCAGACUCACAACAACAGCAACAGCAACAGCAGAAAUCGGAACAUGAUCGUACUCAAUCUCAGUCGAUGCAGAUAUCAUCAUUAACUCAGGAUCAGCUAGAUCGACAUGUGCCGACUCCACCUGAUUCUCAAGUCAUCGAUACAAAUUCUCAAACCAUUCCAACAUCCUUUAGCUUAUCUUCUGGCAAGCGACCAGAAUCAUCAUCAGCACUACGUAAAAAACCCACCAGACCUGAUGUCACCUUAGAUGAUACUAUACAUCCCAGAAAAGGAUGGGAAAUUCGCGUUCCAUCUCCAUCUUCCUCCUCCUCAGGUUCGACGAGUAGUAGAAGUACUACCGCCAGGAAGACUCGACAUAAGAAGAAGUAUAAGAGUAAUCUCAGAAAUGAGAACGAUAUAGCUGUCCAAAGAAGCAUGCUAAAGAGGCUUUUUGCCGAAAUUGCGUGGAUGUCUGAGAAAAACGGUGAUAAGAGGUCAGGAGCGGCUACGAGACGUGUAGCAAAGAUGUUGACGGGUGAUCUGGAUCGGAUUGGUAAAGCUUCUGAAUACGCUACUAAGGUCCUGUCCUCUCGAGGUAUGACUGAAAAACAAGCAUUUCAAACCAUGAUGAUGCUUGCGCCAAGGCAGGUAACACUGGAAGAUAAGACUACACCUCAAAUCUCGUCGUUCUCACCGUUGAGUCAAAGCAAGAUUGCUCAAAAAGCCAAAGCCGAAGCUUUGGGACUAAAAGAGGUCGUUAGUUUUGAACGAGCUCUCAAAGAAUUGAAGAAGAUCACAGAGGAAGAAGAAGCCAAAGAAAGAGAGAUCAAGGAGAAACUGAAGAAACCCAAAGUACCUCCGAAACUCAAACCAGAACAAGAAGCAAAGGUGUCCGAGCAUCUCAAUAAUCCUGCUUUCAAAGCGAGAGUUUCCACUGCCGAGUGUGAAUCCAAAUCUAUCAGAAGAUUAAAGAAUGGUACAUGGCUAGAUGAUGAGAUUAUGAAUUUCUACGGAGCCUUGAUGGUCGAACGUGCCAAUCAGAUCGGUAAACUGAAAGUACAUGCUUUUAACUCGUUCUUCUAUCAGAGAAUCAGUGAGACAGGGUACAGUGCUGUAAAAAGGUGGACCAAGAGAGUCGAUAUAUUCUCAAAAGACUUGGUGGUCUUCCCUGUAAAUAUCGGGAAUAUGCAUUGGACAGCUUGUGCGAUUAAUUUGGCUAAAAAGAGGAUCGAAUAUUUUGAUUCUAUGGGCGAUUAUGGGAAUCAUAGAGCGGGUAUAUUCAAGCGAAUCAGGGGAUAUCUGAAUGAUGAACAUCAAGAUAAGAAGAAGAAACCUUUUGAUUUUAGUGGAUGGACUAAUGAAUUUAAUGAGAACACGCCUCAGCAAGAUAAUGGAUCCGAUUGUGGAGUCUUCUCCUGUCAAACCCUCGAAAUGAUUACACGAGGACGCGAUCUGAAGGAACAACCUUUCGAAUUCGCUUCCGAGAACAUGCCAUUUUUCAGAAGGUUGAUGGUAUGGGAAAUUGGGAAUGGGAAAUUGGAGAAGAGGGAAUGGGGAAAUCCGAAAUUGUGA